CCCCCCCCCCCCGACCAUGUGGGAUGCAAUCUGUCCUAAAGAAAACGAGGGGCGCUGGUGCCAAGGUUGCCGCUGAGUCCCAUCCAAACCCGCUCCAUUUGCAAGACACAGAUCACAAACAUCCAAACAACCGGCGAGCAGCUCAGAGGCCCGGUUAAGUGGCUCCUCACUCCACUUGUGCUCACGCUCCGGCGACUGAUGCGCCAUCAAAGAGCACCGCGCAUCAUCCAGGCAGCCAUGUCUGGAGUCAAAUAACUGAAGUUGUGUGCUUUUGGUGUUUUCAGAGUGAUUUGUUGUAAACACAUGUAGAAGAAAUGACACAAAACUAAACCAGCUUCACGUUGGAGCCCAUGUGCUGUGAUCAGCUCUGAUUAUCUUCCCCUGCUCUGCUGUGAACCAGUCGGGUUUUGUGUUUUCAGAGAGCAGUCGGGCAGAAAAACGGAUUUCACGUCAGUGAAGUAAAGGUGUCCAUGAAAGAAGCCGGAGAUGGCCUCCACGCUCAGAUGAAUUCAAUGAUGGGAGCCCUUCAGGAACUCAAGCUCCUUCAGGUCCAGACAGCGCUAGAGAACCUCGAUAUUUCCCGCCGGCCGAUAAAUCGAGGGAUCCCACGUCCUGCUGCGGCAGCUUCCGGUCCGGCGAAGGAUCGCACGUCCUGCGGUUUGAGUCCGAGCACGCUCAUGGAGCCCGAACCAAGUCCGACGCCAAGUCCGAGGCAGUCUGUGGACAGCAGGAACAGCGUCGGCCAAGGCGACCGCAGUCCAUCCCGAGACAGAAGCAGCCUGGGCUCCUCGUCGUCCUCCUCGUCCAGUCUGGACAGCGAGAGUGAGACAAGUGAAAGGAGCCCAAGAACAGCGCGGAGCGAGAACGACCUCCAGUCUGUGCCCAGGAGGUGGUCGGGGUACACCACCCCCCAGGUGGACUUCUACGGGCCGGUGGUGGGAAACCCUCCCCCAGAGCCGUACCCCCACGCGCCGGCUCCCGGCCACUCCCGGGCGGUGGACCUGCCCGGCAUCCUCUACAGCCUUUCCAGAGAGGGCCCCUCGCUAGACAGCGACUACUCCCAGGACAGCGCCGACGACGCCGGCGACUGGACGUCCUCGCUCAUGAGCCGCAGUCGCAACCGCCAGCCGCUGGUGCUGGGCGACAACGUCUUCGCCGACCUGGUGGGCAACUGGCUGGACCUGCCCGAGGUGGAGAGGGAGGAGGCGGGGGUGGAGGAGAGGAGGAAGGGGAGGGGAGAGCGGGCGGCCAGCGGGGGCGCGGAGCGGCCGGACUCGCCGGCCCACCCCCUGCGGCUCAGCCGCUCGCAGGAGAUCUGCAGGAGGUUCUCCCUCACCACCAACAUCUUCAAGAAGUUCCUGCGCAGCGUGCGGCCCGACAGGGACAAGCUGCUCAAGGAGAGGCCGGGCUGGAUGGCCCCCGAGCUGCCGGAGGGCGACCUCUUCAAAAGGCCCAAGAAGGUAGUCCCCAAAGGCCCGAAAGGCAGCUUCUACCUGCCGUUCUGGGCCAACGGGCCGCAGGGCAAAGGGCGGUGUCCGCACUUAGCCGAGCUGGAGCAGCAGCACCGCCGGCACCUCGCCCACUUCCACCAGCAGCCGUUCGCGGGGAUCCGGUUGGACAGGAGGCAGGCCGAGGCCGGACUGGAGAGAAUGCAGCCGUUGUUUGACUACAACACAGCUGUGUGGGUGUGACGGGCGCUCAGACGGAAGGAGGGACGGGUGCUGCAGCCAACAAACGACUGGGUCCAAGAACAAACCGAACUAAAGAACCUCGCGGCCGAGCGUCGCCGUUCUCCAGCAACUGAGAGGUUCUCAGGGCAACAAAAGCUAAACUGUAUCUAAGAAUCUCAGUGAGCGACUUUUUAAAGGUUUUUGUAUCAUGCAAGUUUUUUACUCUUUCACUUUUCUUCUGGGGUGUUUGUAUGUUUGUAUGUAUGUGCAAGUGCAUCAAAAGUCGGUACGCUGAAAUUCUCAGAAUGUCACCAUCGACACACUUCGGUACGGGACACCUCGCGUGCAUCUCACCCCUUUGCAUGAAUGAACGUACAGCUGUUACUCAACGCACUGCCACUGAACGCCCAGCUCCGCUCCCAACGCGGUGCCGGCGCGUUGGAAGCUCAGGUUUAACUGAACCGGCCUCUCGUUCGCCGAGCUCAGGGAGGGAAUGCUGUGACACGCUGCCUUUUCAGACUUAGGUUUCAAACAGAGUCUCUCUGCACGGCAGGCGUCAGUCCUCGGGGGCUGUUAGCAGAGAGGCAGCCAACCCCUGGUACCGACCGACUGCCAUCUGGUACCCGGACGUUAUGUAAAGCCUGUUCCCGCAGGCUUGAGGCAGACAGCGAGUGGUCGGAUGAUCCUGAACCCAAUGGGACCAUGGCGCUCCGUGCUGCAUAUACAAGGGAGGGCACACGAGUUUAGGCAAUGGGGGGGGGUUAAAUGUACAGAGCAUUGUACAUAUUUGCCAUGGUCACAGCUGCAGCAAUAACAGACACUUCCUGUAAUGUCCCAUCGCAUGGUUUUCAGUACUGUCAUGUUUAGAUCGUUUAACAUCAUGACAAGUAAAUUCUUGUCCGGUGCCACCGGACCUAAACCGAAACGAACGAGGCACCCAAACAGCAUUUCGUAGUAAUUAAAAGCAAUGCAUGGAUUCUUCUCACGCUCAUAUCAGCACCAGGACUCCCUCAGGAUUGCGUAGAGCACUGCCUGUGCUGAUAAAACACACAGGACCACAGUUAUGCAAAGACAAUCUGAUGCUCUAACUUAUUAAGACGAUAAUAACGCUCAUUUCACUCUGUUUUAAUUGUGAUAUCUGAUCCACUUAGCCCCGCGGGGAUUAGGCCCGAGGCCCAGUGGAUCCAUAUGGUGGCGUCUCAGCAUUCAGGUCAAUGCAGACACGCUGAGGCAGCCUGAGAUGUCCGGUCACACACUACAGUACGUGUGUGUGCAUGUAACAGCUGUUUCUUCCUAUCUACAGAUGUCAAGGUGUCAUUUUCAGCACUGUUGUUGAUAUUUUUCAUCAGGGUUCUGCGAACCUCCAGUAGUGAUUCUGUGUCGUGCACUUUCAAACUGUCACCGACUCUUUGUAAAUUAAAUCUGCUUUCAGAAA